CACCGUGGCUACGUUAGCUACAGGUUCGCUAUGGAGGAACUACACAGUUAGCGACGUGUUUCAGGUCGUUGUAGCCCCUGACAGAAUGAAAUAAGAUGGACACUGUAACAACAGACUCGUCUGCGGCUGAGGAGGAUGUAUAUUCAGACUCUGAGGUGUUAUGUUUGAUGAGAGUCGGAAGAACUGCGGACUGGCUUCGCUUGUUCGAAAACACUGAGAUAACCAUAGGACGAGGUCUGGAUGUAACUUACCAAGUGCUGUCUCCAAGCUGUGCUCUGAUGAUCUCCAGACUGCACUGCACAUUCAAGCAAAGGGAAGAUGGACAGUGGACAGUCACAGACAAGAAGAGUCUCAACGGUGUAUGGGUGAAUGGAAACCGCAUAUCCGCUGAAAAACCACAUCAUCUCAGGCUCGGAGACUCCAUACAACUUGGAGUUCCUAUAACUGGAACCUACGUGGAGUUUGACUACAUCCUGGUCCAGCGGCCCCUAAAAGACAUUAAACUCUACCUGACAAAGCGACACAAAGAUGGCGCUAAAUCAACCCAGGUUUCCAAGAAGUCCAAGAGGAAGUUGACCGUGGAAGAGGUUGAGCCGUCGACCUCAAAGCCCAAACUCUACCGCUGCUCCUCUGGUGACAAGUCGUUUGCAAAGCCCUGCCCUCUGUCACCAGUGAAGCGGCAGCAGAGGCUCAGUCACAGCCAGCCGGAGGAAACCGGACCCAAUUUGCAGAUGUACAGCCAGAACAUCCUGAUACUGAGGGAGCACGUGGACGACACCCAGAGGCAGGUGGCGUCUUUUGGGGGAGAGCCGCAGCAGGCCGACCCGCUCAGAGAGGAGCAGGUCAGGGAGCUGCAGGGCCAGCUGGAGACCCUCAGAGCCAAGAUGCACCGGAUGGAGACGCUAGAAAAGUCCUUGGGUGAAACUAAGAGGAAGCUAGAGGAAGAGAAAACACAGCAACAAGAAGAGCUUUUAAAGAAACAGUUGGAUGAGGCUUUGCAAGAGCAAAAGAAAGUAAUAGACGAACUUGCGCUGUCUCGGGAGGGCUUUGAAGAGAUUCUCCUGGCCAAAAACAAAGAGCUCGAAGUGUCAAAGGAGGAGAAAGAACAGGCGAGGGCCCAGAAAGAGGAAGUAGUUACACAAGUGACUGAAGUUCUGGAGAACGAGCUUCAGUGCAUCAUCUGCUCCGAGCUCUUCAUUGAGGCAGUCAUCCUGAACUGCGCUCACAGCUUCUGCAGUCACUGCAUCAAGCAGUGGCGCAAAAAGAAGGACGAGUGUCCCAUCUGCCGCCGGGCCAUCCAGUCCCAGACCCGCUGCCUGGCCCUGGACAACUGCAUCGACAGCAUGGUGGAGAACCUGAGCCUGGACAUGAAGUCGAGGCGGCAGACCCUCAUCACUGAGAGGAAAGCCGCUGACUCUGGUGCUCAGGUGAUGGUGAUCCAUGAUGACGACAGCAGCCUGAGCAGCGACAGCGACAGCAGCAUGGUGUCCAUCGACAGCAGCCUGAGCUCCGUGGUCUCUGUGGAUACGUACAGCAGCGUCCACCUGGACUCCAGCACGCCCUGCAGCGACUCUGACGAUAGUCUGGAUGUGUUUGGCGAUUAGCCCUGCAAUGUGAAUUGGACUGUUUUUGGUGUUGUUUGCGUUUCAUUGGAUUGUUCCCAGAUAGUACAUCGAGGUUGGUCUCAUCAUGGAGUCCCUUUACAGGAAUCUGAUAAGGUUUAUGUUUUUCUCUUUGUAAAGUUAUCAGUUGUCUCUUUUGCUUUAUUUUUGAAAAAAAUGGAAUAAAAAUGUUUCUUCCUAUGCA